AUGCCUUCGAGCCCUCCAGUGUCUGAUGACGAGGGUACUUCGAAUGCGCCUAACGGACGGCGCAUGCAUACGGGCUUUCCUGGCGCUACGGGUCUCAAAUAUACACAGACGAUAAUGGGUCAUAGGGCUGGUAUGGCUGGAAUGCGUGUAUCGGGAAGGCGUGUAAUGCACGGCAGAGAAGCUAGCAUAAGGCGCUCGAUCUCGGCAUCAAGCUCAACCCCUCGGCGAGUACGAGCAGGUAGUGAGCCGACACCCGCAGCAAUAAUAAAUACAAAUGAUGGAGAAGGUGCUUCUGCAUCCCCUGGAACCCAUGAUGAGUCCUUGAUACAGGUUAGCAAGCGCCGAAGCGCGGGAGGAACCUCUCUUCAAGAGAUGCCUUCAACCUUGAUUGACAAGGCUGAACUCGAAAACAAGGCAGAGCCCGGAUCCGUGACCAACCUUCCCGCAGCUUUGCAGGGUAUGCCUCAUAUCGCCGCGGUCCAAGCUAGACGCCAACGGAGAAGGGCGCACUUUUCAUCCGGGAGAGACAAUGGGAACCGACCAAUUAUCAUUUCGGAAACAAAGCUGAAUCCCGAGGAGUCUUCAUCAGAUGAGGAAGCAGGGAACAGUUCGGGAAGCUUGACUGAUGAUGAUGACUACGUUGUUGAGGUCGAAGGAAGUCUAGAUGCUGAGAACGAUGGCUUUGAUCCUGAUUUUGCUCCGCCACGCAUUGCCUUGAAUUCAGAUAGCUCUGAGUUUCUCAACUCGGCCUCCAAUUCAGCGUUGUCCACCUCAAUCUCGUCGGCUUAUAACUCGCUCCAAAUUGGAGGAAGUGCUCGAGGAAAGGGCAAACUCAGUCCUGUUAGCGAAACCCGUCCGUACGAAUAUUCUUCAGGGCCCUCUAAUGCACCAGAUAGUAGUGUAGAUGGGACGGCAUCUGAAGCAACAACACGACGAGAUGCAGGUUCGCAUAUUGAUGAUUAUUUCGAAAUAGUCAAACCCCCUGCACCUGCUGUGCGCUUGUCAGGCCAUCUAAAGCGGGCGAACGAAGAAAUGAGCUCUAACAAGAGGCUAUCUUCGGACAAAUCUGCAAUUCCUUCUUCAGAGGAGUUGGUAUUCACGCGGCGGAAGGUCCCUCCUGCUCGUUCCGUAUCAUCCGGUCUCACAGCGAAACUGGCAGCAUCAGACACAUCCUCGAAUCCGUUCACAGAGUUGUAUGCAUUAAUCUCGGGCCGUGCUGAGGUUGCGUCUAUGGAGGUUACCGUGUUCUUCCCACAUGCGACGAAACCUGCAAACAAACCUCUGAAAUUGACUGUCCGUAAAGAUGCAACGAUCGAAGAGGUCAUUGGGUUUUCGUUAUGGAGCUACUGGGAAGAAGGCUGGCUGCCAAAGCUCGACGAGGGACUGUCAGACGAAAGAAAGAAAGAAAGACUGAGUGCGGUUGGUUGGAUUUUACGUAUUGCGGAAGAUGACGGAGAAGUCGAUGAAGAUUUUCCCGCUCCGGAUAGAAUGGGAAAGAUUUCCAAGUUCAACUUCGAUGCAUACGCUAUUUUGGAAGCAAACCAAGGCCAAGCUGCACAAAAUGCACAAUUGGAAGCAAAGAUUGUACGCCGCCCUUCGCGUAUCAUUGUUUCGAAGACCCCGUCCGCAGGGCUUGCACCGCCUGCUCCCCCAUUGCUUGGGCCAAGUGUCAGCACUACGCCUGCUUCAGCUCUCGGCACAUCUGUAGGGAUGUUAGGGACCUCUCUCAAUAUUUCCUCGAGCCAUGGCUCCCAAGUGCUACUUCGAAUCCGCAUGGCGAACGCUGACGAAAAGGCGACGCAUUAUAUGACGACCAUUUCUGUUUACUCAACUAUGUACAUGCAAGAGGUCCUUGAACAUAUUUGUCGUAAACGCAGAAUCGAGAACCCGAAGGAAUGGGCGCUUCUUUCGGACGAUCGAAAGAUUCUUGUGCCGUUGGAUCGCACGGUCGCGUCACUCGAGGGCAACUCACAUCUCGUGCUCAUCCAGCGCGUCCAUUUGCCUGAACAUGGCUUCGCUAUCGACGGGGACAAGCGAACUACGAGGUCUAUUGACCCUAAUGCCUCAAUUUUCAAAGGCGUAUCGGAAACUCAGCCAAAAGGGAAGGGUGUAGACCCUGCCUUCGACGUUUACAAACGUUAUACUGUAUUUAGGAAAGUGCCUAUGCUGGUCGCUCGAAUGGAGCGAACACUUGCCAUUGAUGGAGAUUAUAUCCAUAUCAUGCCUUCUGCAAACAAGGCCCGCGGCGUUUUCGAUAGUGGCAAAACUGUCUCAUAUCACAUUAAAUCCGUGGUGAACUGUAGUCAGUCCGGAAAGGGAUCGGCGACUUUCAAGAUUAUCUUCCGUCGUGACGGCGGGGAUAAGCGCUAUGACUUUGAGGCUGAAAGCGCUCGAUUAGCAACGGACAUUGUCUCGACGGUGAGAGGGAUGAGAGUAAAGAGAGGGUUGGAGCGUUCAAGUACCGUUCAUAAGAUUCGGCGGCGCAGCCGUCAAGUCACUUGA